CAGCGUUGGCUUCUCCAUAAAACGUCGCCGUUUCAGAUAACGUAAUCCCUCUUCUUCCUCCGUCUCACCGGAAUAUUCUCCCUUUUUGUCUACUCUCCUCCGUCUUCGAAGCUCGUCAAGCUGAAAUCGACCUCCGAAUUUCAUCCCGAUCGCCUUUAUCGGGGAAACUUUAAAGAUUUGGAAAAUGGGAGAUAGCAGUAGCACCAGAUCCACAUAGUAAGGACUUUCGUUAGAGAGUAGUACUAAACAAAAUGGGAGAUGGAAGUAGCACCAGAUCCAACAGCUCAAACAGCAGCACUAGUGAGAAACCAGAGUGGCUACAACAAUACAAUCUCGUCGGAAAAAUCGGUGAAGGCACUUAUGGUCUCGUUUUCUUGGCUAGAACCAAGACACCACCCAAAAGACCAAUCGCCAUCAAGAAGUUUAAACAGUCAAAAGACGGAGAUGGAGUCUCCCCAACAGCCAUCCGAGAGAUCAUGCUCCUCAGGGAGAUCUCACAUGAGAAUGUAGUGAAGCUUGUCAACGUCCACAUAAACUUUGCAGAUAUGUCUCUCUACCUCGCCUUUGACUACGCAGAGUAUGACCUCUACGAGAUCAUCAGGCACCAUAGAGACAAAGUUGGCCACCCGUUGAACCAGUACACAGUUAAAUCCUUGCUUUGGCAGCUUCUCAAUGGAUUAAACUAUCUCCAUAGUAACUGGAUCAUACACAGAGACUUAAAACCGUCUAAUAUAUUGGUUAUGGGUGAUGGAGAAGAGCAUGGGAUAGUGAAGAUAGCUGACUUUGGGCUUGCACGUAUCUACCAAGCUCCGUUGAAACCGUUAUCAGAUAACGGAGUUGUGGUCACUAUCUGGUACCGUGCGCCAGAGCUGCUUCUUGGCUCUAAGCACUACACAAGCGCCGUGGACAUGUGGGCUGUUGGAUGUAUAUUCGCGGAGUUGCUGACUCUCAAACCGUUGUUCCAAGGAGCAGAGGCUAAGUCAUCUCAAAACCCUUUCCAAGUAGAUCAGCUUGAUAAGAUCUUCAAGAUCUUGGGACAUCCAACGGUGGAUAAAUGGCCAACGCUAGCUAACCUUCCUCACUGGCAAUCUGAUCUUCAACACAUUCAAGCUCAUAAAUACGACAGUGCUGGUCUCCACAACGUGGUUCACUUAAACAUGAAGAGUCCUGCUUAUGAUCUCUUGUCCAAGAUGCUGGAGUAUGAUCCGUUGAAACGUAUCACAGCCCCACAGGCCUUAGAGCAUGAGUAUUUUAGGAUGGAUCCUCUCCCGGGAAGGAACGCGUUUGUUGCUUCUCAACCGAUGGAGAAGAAUGUGAAUUACCCUACACGUCCUGUUGAUACAAACACUGACUUUGAAGGCACGACGAGUAUUAAUCCGCCUCAAGCAGUAGCUGCAGGAAACGUAGCAGGGGGUCAUGGAAUGGGGAAUAGAUCGAUGCCAAGACCAAUGGUUGGUCAUAACAUGCAGAGGAUGCAACCGCAAGGCGUGAUGGCUUAUAAUUUUCCUGCACAGGCUGGGAUGAAUCCGAGUGUUCCUAUGCAGCAGAGAGGGAUGGCUCAACCGCACCAGCAGCAGCAACAACAGUUGAGAAGGAAAGAUCCUGGAAUGGGUAUGUCUGGUUAUGCACCUCCUAACAAGAACAGACGUCUCUAAAGAUGAAAAUAAAAUCGUUGUGAUUUGCUUUUAGAGUAGACUAGAAGACUGUAAUGCAGCAGCAGCAUGUGGUUUCUUGCUAUUCAUAAUGUAUGGAUUCUGUAGUUCUGUAAAAACAUUAAUCGAUCUCAAGUGUUAUGUCUUAAAUGAAAUUUUAAUUUUCUUUAAAUUUC